CUUGUCUGAAGUGCAAGAGAUCGACUUUGCUCGGGGCCUACUUCAACGGACCAAGUAUGACAAAUACUUAUUGUCCCUCUACUUUGACGGAAUCCAAUUGGGAGCUAAAAUGUCAACAUUGUGGUCAAGAAUUUCAGUUAAGACAUAAGAUGCCGACUGGGCAUGUUUGACAAUUAUUAAUUGCGAGUUUUUUCUAGUCUAGAAACUGGUUGGAAAUGCAUACGAAAUCUUGCCGGCAUACUUUGUACUUCCCUUGUUGCAAUCGUCAGUUACGGGUUCGAGGGAAGUGCCCGGCUGAGUUGCGAGCCAUUCAUGAUUGCUCUAAGAAAUUCUGCCGAUGUCGAGAAAUUGUUCUAAGGGGGAACAAAGAAGACCAUUGGUGUGAAGAGAGACAACAGGACGUCCAGAGGAGCCACGAAAAGCUUGGAUUCUUUACUGUUGGCGUUUUGAACUCCGGAGAACCCGCCUUGUGCAUAGCAUACCAUCAAUCCAAUUCCAGCUAUUGUUUCAACAAACAUACCAUAAUUGGAGAAAAUGGAUCGCUAAUGGGGGCAGACACUAAUGAGGAAGACGCCAUUGUAGAAGAUCCUUACCUGGAGGUGGAAGAUUCUUCACUUUAUGUCAAACGGAAGAAAUUUGGCCAUGUUGCUGUGGCCGAGACUCCCGAUUUUGUUGGAGCAAGAUUUGAAUCACGGAUGUGCAAGGUUUUAACAGCACAACCUAAUACCACUUGGCUCUGCAAUGACGACCAAUCUUUGGAAUAUGUCUUAAAAUUGUUCACUUCAAGUUCGAUCCCCGCCAAAACGGUAAAAAAUGGGUCCUGUCUCUAUGCCAUUUUUUUGAAAGCCCAAAUGUAAAGAUAGUCAAUUUUAUGAAUUAUUUUUCUUUGCCGACAUGUAAAAUUUUGAAGCAAAUGAAUAUUGCCACUUUUUUCCCAACGAGAUUGCUCGAGAGGCACUUUCUCGAUUAUGAAGGGGCCAUUCCCAAGAUUGAGAAUUUUCUCGAGGAACAAACCCCCAUUGAAGAGAAAAUGGCCAUCUGGGAUUUUCAUGGCAAAUUCCAGCAGGGGCAUGUUUGGCGUUGUCGAGAGCAAUUGGAAAUAUUCUUGAACACUGGCUUGCGAGGGAUGAUUCGUCUGGCUUUUGACCUAUUAAGGGAUCAAGCCAGACUUCAAAAAGAAUUGUGCCAAGUGUACCAAAUUCCUCCUUUAAAGUGCUUUUUUCAUCCGUUUUCUACGCCCAACAUAACUCGAGCAGGUUACAAUCAUCGGCUCUACAAGUUGUUCCAUUCACUAAAUCCACGAGCAUCCUCGUCCAAAAUAUAUCCCAUCUCAAGAAACGGCGUGGGAGGCAAGGUCAAUACUUCUCAUUUAGAGCAAAGGGCGAUCCAGUUCUUGUUGAAAAACAUGGGUUCUCAUGUGAAUGAGGGAGUCUAUCACUUUUGGUCGCCUUACGGACCAUUCACUUUUGGUCGCUUGACUCCCGAUCUCCUCAUCAAGGCAAAACCGCAAAACCGUGCUUUUUUCAUUCAUGGCUGUUUCAUGAAAGGUCAUGAACGAGAAAAUUGCAAAAUCUUUCCAAAGGACUUGUGUCAGUUAGAGAAAAAGAUUUUUGGGCUCGACUAUGCAGAGAGGAGAGCAUCUUGCCAAGCAAAGAUGAACCUUGUUCCCUUCGACAUUGAGGUAACUGAGCUCUGGGAGUGCGAGCUUAAAUUUAACCAAAGUUACCAACACUUUGUCCAAUACGAGUUCAAGGAGAAACCAUUGACAAGACUUCGCCCGGAAGACGCCCUUUCUGGAGGCAUCAACGAGGUAAAAGCAAUGGGGAUAUUCGAGAGGCCUGACUACCAUUUAACAUAUUUUUUUUUGCUUCUAUUAGAUUAUACAACUUCAUUGGACUGUGAAAAAGAAACCCGAUGAGAAGUUUGUGGCGUAUGACGUUAAUUCGUUGUACAACUCCAUAGCCAUUAAUACAAAAUUUCCCGUGGGCAAACCUCAGAUUAUUACCGAAAGCGAGGAUAUUCACAUUGAAAACAAUAGAUUUCUUCACGGGAGCGAAAGGCUGAUUGGAUUGGUGUUUUGUAGGUUAGUGGCCCCGCGUGAAUCAAAACUGGCUUACAUUCCCAUUCAACUCGGUCAUCAGCAUCAUUGGGUUUUGUGUUAUGCAUGCCUUGGACAAGAGAAAAAAGAUGUAUGUAAGCAUCGCACAAAGGCACGAAGUUUCCGUGGAACAUUCUACAUUGCUCAAGUAGAGUAUGCGCUAGAUAUGGGCUACCAAGUUUUGGAUGCUUUUGAGGCAUUACAUUACCAAAGUAGAGAGUAUUUAGAGAGGCCCUUUUUA